AGAGAGCCUGGCACAUAGGAGGGGCUAAAUAACUGUUUAUAUCAUGAAGAAUGGACAGAGAAAUGAAGGAAUGACCAAAGUAUGUCCCAACCUAGCUGGGGCUUGCUGUGAUGAAUCCAUUGCUUCUACGUUGGACAACCUGAGCUGGGAUUCUCCAAGAAGCAGAAAGAUUUAAUCUCAUCAGCAAAUCCUCACAAGGCUGAAGUUGUCCUCUCUUCACUCUCCUGUUGCCUGAAACCUUAAGUCAUUCUGCAGUGCCCUUUCAAAUUGGGACCCGCCUCAGUCCAUGUGGUAUUUCUAAUGAAAGCAGUGACUUCUGGGAGUCUACCUCGUCCCGUGCACCAAUACUCCCACUGGAUCCUGGCCACUACCUCAAAAUGAGGUGUCUCUAAUUCUAGAGUGGAAUCAGGAGGAUCCAGAUGCAUUGCCACUUAUAACUGGUAUAAAUUACAGCCCACAAGCAGAGGUGUGCAAGAAACAGUACAAAAAUUUUUUUUAUAAUUCCACGUAAUUUGUAUUUUAAGCCUUGAUCCUGCUGGUGUCCUGUUGGGAUUUCCGCCAUCCCUAUUUGGAAGUCAUACAGGCCCAAGCUUUUGAGGAAGUGGGUGGAAGCAUGAUCAUUGUUGACUGGAGCCCACAGUUGUAAGUGUAGACGUCCAUCAGCUCGGGGGCCAUGCCUCCUUUAGGUUUGGUGGCUGCUGUGCCAGGCAUGGGACAGGUUGCCAUGAUUCUGCUUGUGUGCAUACUGUAGCCAUCUCCUUUUAGAGUUUUUGCCCCAUUUACCCCUCCAGCCACACUUGAGAGGCCUUUUCUCCUCUAGGAUUUGCAGACAUCUCUCUCUGACUUAAUUAGCACAUUUCAACACUCCAGUAGGGAAACAAGACAGUACCUAAUUUCAAAAACCUGCUUCUGUUAUGUUUCUGCUCAAGUAUCCUCUCUUUUCCAUGGAGUUUGCGAUUUUAGAAAUAAAAGCCAGGAUCAUCAGCAUGCUAUUUCUGCUAUGCCCUGCCAGGCUCUUCCACUGGCCAGAGAACAUAGGGUCUGCUACCCACCUGAAUGCAGGAGGGAAAGGGUGAAAUAAAGGAAGAAAAGAAAAUAAACAGGAACAGAUUAACAUCUCAAAAUAUCCUGCCACAUUGGAAAGAUGUGAGAGUUGAAUUCACGGGAAAGGUUCUACUGGGAAAAAGGAAUUGUUCUUGAAAAUGGGGUCUGUGCUGUUGCAGAGACUGUUGAACCUAGGUCCACAGAAUGCUCUGAGGUCAUCCUUGAGGUCAGAGAACUCUGCUGUGGCCGUGGCAACCUUUGAAACUUAGCAGCCCUGGUGAGCACUAGGCAGUACUGCCGGUUCACUAAGUGGUCUAAGUUCUUCAGCCAUUUAGGAGACUUGACUAUUUUUAUUUGCAUUGAAUCAUUUCAACGGAUUUCCCAAGAGCCAAGAAGGGCCAAGGUGUAGGGAAGAGGAGGAGUUGGAGGUGAGGCAUCUUCUAAGGGAGACUUCUAGUUGGUACGAUGAAACAGCGACAAAAGAGGAAACAUCUGGAAAAUGAAGAGUCCCAGGAAACUGCCGAGAAGGGAGGAGGAAUCUUGAAGUCACAAGAGGAUCCCCCUCCGCUUGGAUCCACUGUGGUGGCCCAAGGCUGCAGCCCAGGGUCAGGGGAGGUCUCCUCUGCCUCUGAAUACUUCUCCUAUGCUGCUUCUCCACGCAAGCUCAUCUGCAGUGAAAUCCAGAGAUUACAUCGAGACACUGCCCAGCCUAGAGCACCCCUAGCCCAGGUUCAGGAACAAGGGGAGACCACUCCCCCAUCACAGUAUGUCUCCUUCUCAUCCUCUUCAUCCUAUGAGGACUCUCUGUAUACAGACGAAGAGGAAAGGGGCAUGAAAAUAUUCUACAUGCGGGUACAAGUGAACAAGGGUGUAGCUGUCUCCUGGAUGAUAGAGAAACCCUUGGAGUUGCUAGAAAAGCAGCUGAGGAGAGAAGAAGUGACCCUUCCUGAGCAUGUGUGGGUAGGCAAUGCCAUCUCUCAUGUGUCCACCAGAAACCUGUCUGACAGUGAGCCCACUGGGGAGGAGAAUGAGUGUGAGGAAAGGGCAGAGCCAGACAGCCCAUCAGGGUCACCUGCAGUCAAGGAGACGCCCAGGGCCAAGACACCGGACUGGCUGGUGACCAUGGAGAUGGGCUUCAGGUGCAUGGCCUGCUGCCGGGUCUUCCCCACCUUGGAGAUCCUCCAGCAGCACGUGCAGUACAGUGUCCAGGACGGCUUCAGCUGCCAUGUCUUUCAUCUCGCCAUGUCCCAGCUGACGGACAAUGUGGAAUCCGAGAGCACCUCUGAGGAGGAGAAAGAGGAGCAAGAAGGAAAGGAGAAUGAGGGGCAGCAGCCCACGGGGGAAGAUCUCUGCCCGAGGAGCCGGUGUCCAGUCUAUGUGUUUCAUUCUCCGAAGGACAGGAACAACUGAGAUUCAUGGGACAGAAGAUCCCGGAAGACGGUGUGGCCUUCUCUUGGAAGAGGGAGAAGAAAGGACCCUCAGGAUAGUAGCAGACAGAAUGCCGUGGUCUGAAGGAGGAUGAAGGGACCAGCACUCAGUCUCACAUUAAUAUAAUGUUAUAAACAUCAUAUGCAAUAAAGGGCAUUUUCCAAACCUU